AACCCACGCCCACCGGCACCGCUAGCCUUACGCUUCAUUCCUAAGCCUCCACGGCGACAAUUAUCCCGGGAAACCACCAAACCGCCGUUUUUCUAUCCACCGAAAACAAGUUUCGACAAGGAAACUCGACAAAAAGAAACGUGCUUUUCCCUUCCAUUCUCCAAUUCUAAAUUCCCCGAAAGCUCAAAGUCGGUGAUUUUCCAAUUCCCCGGCGAAGCUUCUUCACAAUGCAGAAGAUGGCGCAGGAAUGGUUUUCGCAGAUAAGCAGCGGCGUCGAUGACUCGCAGAAGCCGUCGUCGUCGUCCUUGUUAGCGGAUUGGAACUCCUACGCCGCUUCACAGUCUACGGACGAGAGCUCCUCUUUGGGACUUGGAUUCGAUCUCGAAUCUGCGGUCCGUUCUGCUAACGACACCGUUUCCGGAACUUUCAGCGUGGUUUCCAAAGGAGUGAGAGAUAUACCUGGGAGCCUCCAGUCUGCUACUAGUAAUGUCCCUUCAGGAAAAGCUCUCAUGUAUUUUGGCUUGUUUCUAGCAACGGGGGUGUUCUUUGUUUUUAUCGCAUUUAUCAUGUUCCUUCCUGUCAUGGUGUUGAUGCCUCAGAAGUUUGCUAUCUGCUUUACGCUUGGGUGUGCCUUUAUUAUUGCAUCCUUCUUUGCACUCAAAGGUCCAAAGAAUCAGCUUGCUCACAUGUCUUCAAAAGAGAGACUUCCAUUUACUGUUGGAUUUUUAGGCAGUAUGGUGGGUACCAUAUAUGUAUCCAUGGUGCUCCACAAUUACAUUCUAUCUGUUGUCUUCUCUGUGUUACAGGUUCUGGCACUUGCUUACUAUGCUGUUUCGUACUUUCCUGGUGGAUCUGCGGGUUUGAAGUUCCUAUCUUCUGCCCUUACAUCUUCCGUAAUGAGAUGUUUUGGGAGAUCAAUUCGCAGAGAAAACUGCAAUGCGUUUCCCGCAAGGUAUAAAUGAAAACCGAAGCAACGUCUUGCGUGAUGAAGCCUUGGAGGGAAGAUUUUGUUGAAUGCUGAAUUGUGAAAUUCUAACUGAGAAAACAGGCUCUGCUAUUUAUUGUUUACAUGUGAGCUUCGAUCUAUCAUAAGCUGGGUUAAAUAUGCGUCCCAUUGAAGAUCUUCAAUUGGCUAUUGUUUUGCUUCAGUAGUCUUGGCCUUGUAACUGCAGCCUGAUGUUUGACAUCUGAAAAUUUUCAGCAAGAAAUACUCUUGGCAUAUUCC